AUGACAAGCCAUAUUGUGUAUGAUGGGGUGCCACGGUCUGGCGAAGAUGGAGAACACAAUGGGCAAACCAUUCCACAACUCUUUGCUGGGCAGAAGUUAUGGUUUCAUCACCAGAUCCCUCAACGGAAAUGGCUGAUCGACAAUGCCAGACGACACGGUGCAACUGUUGUAGACCUGGACAAGCAAGCCGAUGUCAGACUUGUUGACCAUACCAAGAAGAACCAUGCUCCAGGCACACAUUCCUACAGAUAUGUCGAACUCUCCAUCAGGAAAGGGGCAUUGGAGAACCUAGCCGACCAUGCUGUCGGUGCGGCCAGCCGCGCUACACGCCCAGUCGGAAGUAUCAUGACAGCACCAAGGACUGUCAGGAUGCAUUUUACACCGGAGGAAGAUCAAUUCUUGUGGAACUGGAUGAAGCCAUUCGAAGACAGUGGCGGUCCAUCAAAAGGUAACGAAAUUUAUAAGCAAAUCGAACGAGUGAGCCCGAGGCACACUUGGCAGAGCUGGCGCGACAGAUGGCUCAAGACCACCAAGUUUCAGAACAGACAAACCACUCUACAACCUGGGGACGCGCACGAGCAGCCUGAGGAAGAGACGCUGGAGUCCUCAUACCAAUCGCGACCGAAAAAGAGACGGAGAGAUGUCGAUGAUGAGGGGGAUAGGGAACGAGUACCUGGGACUCAACAGCAACGUCAGCGCUCUGUCACAGCAGCGGCCGAUGUUUUGAUCAAUGAACAGGCUGUUGAACCCAGGUCAGGCCGACCGACGACAGACCAUGUCGAGGGGAGCAUUCCACCGAAGCCCUCACCACAGAAAUGUCACUCUCCAGACGCUUCUAAGCAAGGGACGAAGCAGCCUGCACCGUCCGAGCCGGCUCCGGGCGUGUCUAGUGUCAGAGAAGAUUUCAGCUUGGAAGAAUUCGAGCAGCUUUACAACAUGGUGCCCAAGCUAGCUCAUAUUAGUUUCAGCAUCUUCCAUGAUACAUGGAUGGAAGUUGCCUCUACACCCGACCACUGUGAACAUACCGCCGAAGAAUGGGAGGAGUUCUGGAUCUCGAAGGUGGUUCCCGUCUAUUGCGAGAAAAAGGGGCUGUCCAUCAGAGAGGUAGCUCCUUAUUUGCUCGAGCAGCCCGAGAAGACAUCCAAUGAGGUCCCACGCGCCAGAGAGAGAGAUGAGGCUGGUGGCCACGAUCCAAGACCCGAUACCGGACCAGACAAAAAUGUCUGCAGCAAUUGCUUCACAGACGAGAGCAAGCAAUGGCGGGUUGGUAAGGACGGCACUCGACUCUGCAACCCUUGUGCCGUAUUCUUAAGAGCCCAUGGGGUCCCCAGGCCCUCCACCACAGGCGCUGGAUGGGGUUCCGACGAUAGGGUGCGUACAAUGCCUACAGUAAAGACAUCGUUGGCUCAAUCCCCUCUCUCUGAUCUAACUGUCGCCAUACCUUCAUCGACUUACGUGAGCCGAGGACAGACCUCGCCAGCAACCAAGAAGGAAGACUCCGCCUCCAAUCAGUCAGUGUCUCGACAGGAUUGUCAUUUAUCUCCCCCGCCCAAGUCUCCUUCUUUCCAACCAGAGUCUCCAACGUUGGACCGACGUCCCGAACCUAACGAAGCGAGGAAAAGGAGUGCCGGUCGAGGCACUCAGUCACAAUCAACCGAAAGCUCCACCAACCCUGCUUCCCAGGCUCCACUCCGGGCGUCGCUCAGUUUGAUUCUUGAGACAGCGCUGGAGGAGGGACGGUCAACGAAGAGGGCGGCAAACCAUGUAACUUCAUCAGAAACUCACUUACAAGGGCCCAGCGCUGCUGCUCCUGCGUCCCUGCUCUCCUCAAAGCUACAAGGUAGCAGAGCACUGCUCCUGGAUGAUCCGAGGAACCCAGAUGUCGAACAAAAGGCAUCUCUGAAUACCGAUCAAGGGCCUUCACGCGACAUGCCGGUCACGCAUUUCACCGGAUCGUCUGGAGAUGUACCUCUCCAGCUCAACCAGAACCCGACCCCCACGGCAUUGUAUACCAACUCUCGGCGAGAUGAAAGCCCAUUGUUCUUCCCCGAAGAUGAAGAAGACAACGAGGAGUACGAAGACCCAGUAGAAUCGAGUGCGGACAAACAACAAACGAAUGAUCGCCCAUCCUCCCCACUCAGUGCACCUGAUCACGGUUUGGAGUCUGGCGAGAACUUCCACCACGUGGUGCCCCUCCGUUGGGUCCAGCCAGCAGAGGUGAUGGAGCGUUUCGAAACAGCAGAGGAGAGCCUAGAGCAUUGGGAGACAGCCCCAGAGGAUCAGGAUUAUCGGAGAAAGAGACAGCCAACGACGCAGGACUUGUUUGAAGACCCCGAGAUCGGCAGUGAUGCUAUGGGUUUCAACCUCGACCUCCCCGAGCCCGAGGGCGGUUGGGACACGAUCCUGGGCUCCGCUGAUGCCGAUCUACUUGCAGAAUACAGCGAGCUUGCGAAUCCAGAUGUUGAAGAGAGUGGUAGCCCCCAUGCCGGCCACCCGAACGAGGUUGAAAGCAUCCAAUCCGACUCAAUCAUCGAGCAGAUUCUAAUUCCUCCACCUCCACCGAGCAUUUUAGCCGCAACAACUGGCAGCGACGAUGACACCGAUACCGAAGCAGAGGCCCGCGAACUCGACGAAUUUAUCGCACUUCACAAAUCUCUCCAUCCCUACCUCAAGGGUAUAGAGCUUCUUCUGUUCAAAGUCCUCGAAGCUACGAUUUUCGACCUUGACCUCGCUACGCGCGUCGUCGAGAUCAUGCUAGCAGACAUCAGGAGACAGUAUUCGAGACGUCGGUCUAAUUCUCUCGUUGUGGAUGAGAUCAGGGUCCCACGGAACAUGAAGGGCGUCUGGACCGAGGAAGACGACAACCUUCUAACUAGUGCCAACGGUAGAGACGUUGAGCGGGCCAUAAAGAAGCAUGGUCAGAAAGGGUGCAAUGCUCGUUUCGAGUACCUUGAAAAGAUUGCGGUCGGCGGAUGA